AAGAGCGUGUUGACAUCCGGUCUGGGUUGCCAGGAAGCAAGGUUGUAGACUAGCAGACUUUAAAAUAUACCCUUUAGUGCUUCCCUAUAUUUUAAAGAACAAUGUCAAAAGGAGCAAUGGACCCCUCUACCUUCCAGGCUCUAAUUGAUAAGAUCCAUCAGGAAACAACAUCUUCUGAGAAAAAGGUGGAAAUUCUUUAUAGCUGUCGAGGAUUUUAUAAUGCAGAUCAGGCUUCUCGACUGCUUAGUUCCUUUGCCAACCCUGCUGACAAAAUCAGAGUACUUCGAAUUCUGGAGCCACGAUUGUGUCAAAUGACCUGUCGGGAUGGAAGGGAGAUAAUUAAUGCUGUCAGCAUUCACAAUGAUAAACUUAUUGCCUUAGAUUGCAUUAAGAGAGUACUUUCGGACUACCAAAGUAAACUGGGUGAGGAGUACAUCCUGAGUGCCUUCCCAUUUGAAAAUGACAAACUUAGGGCAAUGCAAAUAUUGCAAACAGUCAACUCAUUUGUUGGAGACCAUGUGGCUGCGGGAGGACACCAGGGCUAUGCAGCCUUAGGAGGCCUGUAUACACAAGCCCGCCCCAUGGUGCCUCAUCUUUAUGGACCUGUGACUGACCAGGCAAAAUUAAUACCUGGUCAUGGUAAAAUAGAAAUUCCUCCAGAAGCCCAGCCUGGUGUUGUUCCUUCUAUCUACACUGGUCAUCCGUCUUAUGCCUACCCCCCAGACAGGAGUUAUGAUGAGGACAGGGGCUACCCAGGGAACUCAGACCUAGGCCAGACUCUACCGGGGGAUUACCCCAAAGGAGCCCCUCCUCUGGGAUAUCACAGCGGGGCCCCAAAUCCCACUGGCUUCUUAAAACUGGAGUCAUAAAUUAACUAUUUUUAAAAUUACUUAUCAGGAAAAGUAUGUUUCUUUUUUGAAUUUAUGUAUCAAUCAUUAUUAAAAUUAUUGCAUUGUACAAAACCACAAGCUUUUAAAAUAUAUUAACAUUGUUUUCUUUUGCCUUCAUUCAUUGAUUAAGGAUUAAAAUAGCAUUAGACACUGUCAGUGUUACUGCCGUCCAAAAUUUGCAAGGAUUAUGUAUUUUAAUUUUCAUGAUUUGUACAAGUUAGCACUGCACAUAAGUUUUCUAUGUAUAACUCCAAAUCGAUCUGGUAUGUAUUCCAUAAAUUUUCUUUAAAAGGACAGACAACUCUUCCUCCUGAAUUCUGUUUUACAUUGAACCUAUUUAUUUUUAAAAAUAAAUUGUUUUUAUUGUUUAGAUUAACAUUUUUGUAAUGUUAAACCACUUGUUAUUCUUUUGUUGAUUUUUGUUUUUUUGUGAAAUUGAUUAGAAAUGGAUCCAUGUCUGUUAAAAUUUGAAAACUUUUUAUGUUUGGGUUGAUUCUCUUUUUAUCACAGGAACUAUUAUAUACAUGCACACUUGUAACCUAAUGUUGCUGUAAAUUAUUUAUACUCACAAGUUGAGCACAGGUGAUUUGGUGCAUGUUGUACAACUAUCAGUAUUAUACCUCCAUGGUAGUGCAGGAACCAUGUAUGCUUGUUAGAUUAAGCUGACUUUGUUUUAUACGUUUAGGUCUUUUUUGUGUGUGGAACACACCUGUUUUGCAAUUGGAAUCCUAAUACAUUUGCAAGAAUAAAUGUUUCUUCUGGAAAA